GACACACAGCUUCAGCUCAGCGGCCACAGUCCGCUGGGAUCAGCUUGGCCGCACGCCCGCACCGCGAAUUGGUGAACAGGGAGGCGUCGCGCCGAGCUCGCGGACCCCUUCCGGACGGCGCCGGAACGGGAGCACAGCCCCUCCUCAAAUUUUCUAGCCUUUUCCUCGAGGAUUCUGCUCAUUCUGAGCGCAUCUGAGGUGCAGAUCCGGUUCGUCUCCGUGAGCAAUUCCCUUACCAUCGAGAUUUCGCCCAAGAACGCCGGUAUGCUCCCAAAAACUGGAUCUUUUGAGCUUCCAUUGAGCUAAGGAAGGAAGGCACGAGCUUGCCGAGGGAAUGAGGAAGAAUUGGGGGCUCAGCUCCGGCCCCGCGCGGCCGUUCGCUGACCGCCGGUGGCUACUACCCUUCCUCGCGAGCCUGCUCGUCACGGCCACGCUCUUCCUCGCCGCCGCCUGCGGCCUUUUCUCGCCGCCCUACCCCAGUGGCGGGGGCGACGCUGUCCUGUUCGACGUGGUCUCCCUCGCCGACUGGGACGACUCGUCGCCUGGCGAUGGUGCCCGCUCCGUUGAGGCCGGAAUCAAGAACCGGCUUUUGGACGACGACGACGACAACCCCGACGAUGCCGCCGUCAACUCGGACGACUCCGACGCCGAGCCGCCGCGGAUCGCGUACCUCCUCGAGGGCACCAAGGGGGACGGCCUGCGGAUGCGGCGGACGCUGCAGGCCAUCUACCACCCGCGCAACCAGUACAUCCUGCACCUCGACCUGGAGGCGCCGCCGCGGGAGCGGAUCGACCUGGCCAUGUACGUCAAGGGCGACCCCAUGUUCAGCCAGGUCGGGAACGUGCGGGUCAUUGCCAAGGGCAACCUGGUCACCUACAAGGGGCCGACCAUGGUCGCCUGCACGCUGCACGCCGUCGCGAUCCUCCUCAAGGAGGGGCUGGAGUGGGACUGGUUCAUCAAUCUCAGCGCGUCGGAUUACCCACUCAUGACACAGGAUGAUAUACUUCAUGUGUUCUCUUCUUUGCCACGAAAUCUUAAUUUUAUAGAGCACUUUCAGUUAUCUGGGUGGAAAGUGAUUCAACGGGCAAAACCAAUAGUUCUGGACCCAGGGCUCUAUCUGUCAAAAAAAUUUGACCUUACCAUGACUACUGAGCGACGAGAACUGCCAACAUCAUUCAAAUUAUAUACUGGUUCUGCUUGGAUAAUGCUCACAAAAUCCUUCCUAGAGUACUGUAUAUGGGGGUGGGACAAUCUCCCGCGGAAUCUCCUGAUGUACUAUGUAAACUUCAUCUCAUCACCGGAAGGCUAUUUCCAGACUGUCCUCUGCAACUCCGACGAAUUUCGGGGCACUGCUGUUGGCCAUGACCUGCACUACAUCGCUUGGGAUUACCCUCCGAAGCAGCAUCCGCUGAUCCUGUCCAUGAAGGACUUCAACAAAAUGGUCAAGAGCGGUGCACCAUUUGCACGGAAGUUCCCCAAGGACGACAAGGUCCUGGACAAGAUAGACCGUGAGCUUUUGCACCGCUCCGAGGGCCGGUUCACUCCAGGGGCGUGGUGUGAUGGGAGUUCUGAAGGAGGGGCCGAUCCAUGUUUAUCUAGGGGUGAAGAUUCUGUUUUUGAGCCUGGUCCCGGUGCCGAGAGGCUGCGAGGCCUGAUGAAGAAGGUGCUUUCAUGGGAUUACCGCAACGGCAGCUGCUCGUCACUUGCUUAUGAUCAGACGAAAAGAGAUUGGUAUGUCCCUAAAAGUAAAGGAUAAUUUUGAUGUCCUGCUAGUCUUUCUUGUAAAUGCAGCACUUGACCCGUUCUGUUGAAAUGAAAAAAACUGAUUGUUGACCAAGGAAAAUGUUGAAAAAGAGCUAUUUUUACAUAUCGAUAUAUGACCCAAUAUAGAAGUGGUUAUCUGAUGGAAAAUUAACAAUGAUGGAAGUUGGAACGACUGGAUGUUUCGUUUUUGC